CUUCAGGGUAAUUAAGCAUCAGUUGGUGUUAUUGGAUACAAAUAGAAGUACAAGUAUUACAUAUGGUAUAAGUAAUUUAUACAGUAACACAAAUUUAAUUAAAAUAAAUCCUAUUUUAUACCUAGCAAUGUCUCGGGAUUUAAGUAAUAAGACAGCGGUGAUCACAGGAGGAGCACAAGGAAUAGGGCUCGCGAUUGCUACAUCAUUCCUUAAGAAAGGUGCUAAGAUAGUGAUCCUACUUGAUCUUGAAGAAAAAACUGGAGUCGAAGCAGCCAACACCCUCAACUCCGAGUAUGGCGAGAAUAAAGCGGUGUUCAUCAAAUGCGAUGUCACUGCAGAUUUGGAAGCAGUUUCGAAGCUCAUCUUCGAUACAUAUAAAACAGUAGAUAUUUUGGUGAAUAACGCUGGAGUGGUUUGCGAGCAUGACCCCAGGAAAUGCAUUGCCGUCAACACGACAGCUGUCAUAGAGUGGACCUUGAAGUUUUGGGAGCACAUGAGGAAAGAUAAAGGUGGAAUUGGAGGUACAAUUUUGAAUACGGCGUCAAUUUACAGUUACAGAAUAGAUCCCUUCUGUCCCAUUUAUAAAGCAUCCAAAUUUGCUGUUCUGGGAUUCACUAAGAGUCUCGGGCUUGAUUAUCAUUACGACAAAACCGGUAUACGCAUUGUGGCCAUUUGUCCUGGAUUCACAAUGACAAAAAUAGUUACCGCUAAAGGUAAAGAUGAGCAAUUGCAACGAGACUUUGAAGCGUUCGUGAGAACAAAUAUUUGGCAAAACGCUGAUGUGGUGGGUCUAGCGGCAGUGCAGGUGUUUGAAUCCGCUGAUAGUGGUACUGCGUGGGCAGUAGAAGGUGGCGUUUUGGAGAAAGUGUGAUAAGUAUUUGUUAUUGAUUAAUUGUGUGUAUUUUUUUUAUCUUCAAACAUUUUUCUUACACUUGUAUAUUUAAACUUGUAUAUUUUAGUUAUUUCCAUAGCAUAAUGUCUUACGGCAUACUGCUGUGGGGUAAAGCAGCCGAUAUAAAUACUAUAUUUGUUUUACAAAAGAGAGCCAUACGUUCUAUUUAUGGUAUGGGUUCAAGAGAGUCAUUACGUCAGUGCUUUAAAGACUCAAAUAUCCUCACAGUUACUUCAUAAUACAUUUAUGAAAAUAUUAUGUAUACACGGAAGAACUUAGAGAGUUUUAAAAAACUCAAAGACUGUACAAGUAGAAACUUACGCAAUAUAAAUAAGCUUAUUUUACCUAAAUGCCGUCUGCACAAAAUAAGUAAUUCAUUCUAUGGUAAUUGCAUAAGAUUUUAUAAAAAACUGCCGGAAUCUGCAUUAAAUCUGACAGAGAGGCAAUUCAAAUCUUAUAUUAAACAAUUUUUAUGUAAGAAAGCCUAUUACAGGAUAGACGAAUUCAUAGAUGACAACAUAUCAAGUAAAUAAUUAGUUUAUUAGCAUACAACGUUAUAAUUUUAUUUUCUCAUUGCUUUCUUGAUUUAAUUGAUUAAUUUUAGAAAUAUGAAAUCGUAGCGGUUUUUUGUAUUAAUUGCCGCAUGCAUUCUUAUGUAAAAUGUGAAUACUAUAACUAUCAGAUGGCAAUUGUGAGUAGCUUUGACGUGGUCUAGUGUUUUGAGUAGUCAUGCUCACUAAAAUGUCCAGACUUGUGGCGGCGUGGUGGGCCGGGUCAUUGGGCUCCCUAAAAUAUGGUCGAGCGCAGUGAUGGCUGGCUCAUCCGUCAUACUCGUGAACGGGUGCUGCUUGUAGGGACUGGUCUGCUCUAAACUAUGACUGAUUUCCUCUUAUUAAUUGUUUAACCAGUUGGUUAUGUAUUCAAUAUUUUUUCUUUUUGAGUAUUUAAUUGAAUUAGUGCUAAUUGGUGGUUUGUAUUCACACAAUUAAACUUAAAAAUGUAAAGUAAUAAUAAAAUUAUUUAAAAGAGCAACACGCAAGUUUCUUCUCGUUCUUCUUGUGAUGAGACAGCUUUCCGAACGAGCGGUAGAUUAAAAAAAAUGUAAUGACUUUUCAAAAGUGCUUCAAUGUAAGUUUAUUUGAAUAAAUGAUUUCUAUUCUAUUCUAUUCUAUUCUAUUCUUAAAAGGUGUUAAAAUUUUAUUAUCUCUUACAAUAAAUUUAUAUCUAUUUAUCUGCAUGCUAGUUACAUUACGUACCCUAAGCACAGAGAACCAACUGUCAUAGGCUUUUCAAUACAAAUAUUGAAUCUUCAGUUGGGUACCGGAAGUAGCAUACGAUGAAAAUAAAUAAAAAUGUGGUUUAGUUGAAUUGAAUAUGUACUUGUAGAUUAAUGUAUAAUAGUUUAAAAAAAAUAAUAUUCUGAUAUAUUUUUUUUUACAGUUAGUAAUGAUUAUAAAUAAUUGAAUAAUUAGAUUUAACUAAUCAAUCGUAGGGAAUUUGAAUAUUUGUCCGUAUAUAUUACAUACAAUCCUUUGUCCAUUUCUCAUAGCAAUUUCCAUAAAUCUAGGCGACCAUAUUUUAUUUAGUCAUAAGGCGGCCCGUAUGAAUUUUUUUUUACUUUAUAAUAUCAAAAAUAAAUCUAUAUGGACUAGGA